AUGAAACCUACCACUCGUCAAGUAGCUCUUUUCAAGAGUGCUCCUCGAGAGUAUGUAAACCUGUCUAUCAAGCCUCCUGUUGUUGCUGCAUACUACAUCGAUGAAGGAUUCCACACAACUUGGGUUAUACGCAGCAAGACCAAGUUUCAAGAUUUUAAUGGAAAAAGCGGGUUGAAGUUCACCAUCUCUGAUUACCAAUUCAAGCUCCCUGAAGUUGAAUCUGUAUCUUCUAGUGAGCUAGUUGAUUUCUUCGGAGAGACAGGUGGUGCGGUGGACCUCAUUCUUGGUCAGGAUUUCAUCAAUGUGUACUCUUUCCUCUUUUACAAGAGAAACAACAAUGGACUGCAGUUGAGUAAGUCUUGCAUCAACCGCACUAUCUGGCCAGAUAAGCCGAAUACUCGUCUCGAAAUAUACACAGCAUCACAUUUGAGUAGCACCAAAGGAGGUGUUGCAGUCUAUACCAACAUAUGCACACCUUUCAACAUUUGGCGCCCGUACAAGCCUAGUUACUGGGAUCCACGAGAAGAUAUUGGUCUCUUCGCCAUGAUCAUGGCACUCAGAAUUGUAAACCAGAUGCCUCCGUCUGAGACAGCUCCAACAAUCCAGCUUAUCACAAGCGAUAAAUAUACCUGGGAGAGAUUCUCCCCCUUCGUGAAAAUCAAGAGCAAGGAGUUGGAGGGUAAUAAGGAUUUCCAAAACCUGAAGCUACUCCCCAUGAAACAGAAUGUGAUGUUGUUCCUCAAAUACCGCAAGACUUACGCCGAUAGAAAUUGCCUUGAAGAAUUGACAUGUGUCAAUGUCGAAUUUAAUGGGAUACCCGAAUAUAUGGAGUAUGCCAGGGAACUUGCAAGGCUGGGUAGCAAGAUGUCUCAAUUACAUUUUAAGGGCGAGCUCCCGUCUAAUCCAAACGACGAGCAGUAUUAUCAUUUCGAUAACCAUAAAGAUGUUUUUGUUGUCCCAAAAAAGGAGGUUAAUAAAACGAUCAAGCGGAUCCUAGAAUCCUAUCAGGAUUAUACUUCUCCUAGCGAGAGACCGGCAGCUAUCAUAAGGGAAUUGGAUGAUAAGCUAAUCUCCACUGAGAGGUCUCCAAUCAAAAAAUCUCAUGAGAGAGAGGCCCCGCGGCCGAUGGACGUCAAGACACCAGUUAUAAUUAACUCCCUAGCGAAGGCCACGAUACACGACGAUAUUCCUAUUACCAAUGGAACACACAAAGAUCAAGCUCCAGUAAAGACUCCGGUUGCAGCCCAGCCGACCAGUUUAGAUUUAAACAUUCCCGAUACGAAGGAAAUCACAGAUAAUCCAAUAUUCUCCCAAAUUACUUCAAUGUUCGACCGAGUGAUGUCAGGAGAGGUAACAAUCAUCGAGAGGGCUUCUAUCGGAGAUGAAAUCCGAACUAAACUCCAGGAAGUUGUAUUAAUGGAAACCGAAAAGGCACUGCAAACUAUCGACCAUCAACGCAGGAGGUGCGAUUCAAUCAUGGCAGGGGCUUAUCAAAAGUACGAUAGGACCAUUGAAGUUUUACAGAAAGUGGGAAACCUUCAGGGAUACCUCGAGGGUUUUUUUGAUGGUAUGGGGAGCCACGGAAGCGCCGCCCAAAAUGAUAAAGAAAACCUCGCCCGAAAAAUCGUCAACCUCUUUGUCAGCGAUAGCAAUACCGAACAAACGUUAAGUAACGCUACCACUGUGAGAAAAGAGGACAAGCCUCUUAUGCCAAUUCUAGCUUCGAGAAGUGUCGAAGGCGUUGGUUCAUAUGCAUAUGGUCAAAGUACCUCUGCCAUUGACGUAAUGGAUAGCAAAACUGGAGAUCGCAACUCGAAGGCAAACUCUAUGAUGGGAGACAUGGAUAAAAAUCUUCACUUGACUAACGGAUUUAAAAGGACACCGAAAAUGGCCACAGAGAAUGAUGGUGCGAAUCUCAGCUAUGAAACUAAAUCUAGUGACAGCGAAUAUCGUGAAGACACAGAAACCAAGGAUCUAUUCGCAACUGGACACAAAAAUAAUAUAAGGCCAGUAACCCAUUACAACUUAAGGAGUAAUUCAGCGCAGCAUGAAUGGUCGGGCAAACAAAUCGAUCCACUCCCGGCCCCUCGUAUGCAAACUGGGUACAAUGAUACUAAGUUCAACAGGCCAUACCAUAUCGAGUAUGCACCUGAGAAUCUUACGGGGGAUAUCACCGCCGAGCAGCGCGCAGAAAUGACCAACGUGGCAGGAGGGCUCGGGGCAGAAGGGAGUUUGGAAAAACCGAUUAUUUCACUUGUGCAAGCACUGGCGGCCAGCCCCGAUCUUAGGGAAAGACUUGGGUUUCUCUUGAAUUCAAUUGGGGUAGAUGUAGAUAUCCAUAAAACCUCGAAAGGCCUAAAGUGUGCAUACCGUGGAUAUGCCCCUUCGGGGAGUUCAUGUUCGGGUCUAGAGUCCUGCUCAGAGUCAGAGGAUUUUUAG